AUGGCAGUACAAUUCCUUGGACUUGCCUUGGAAAGAAACUGUGAGAAUGACACACAGGAGGUUGUCGAUGCCCCCUGUGUCAAAACGAGAAAGACAGCUGGCCAGGGAAGGAGAAACAUGGCCUCUAUUUUAAAGAUCGCUGUUGAUAUCCUCAAGAAACCUAAUAAUUUAAACAAAAAUAACCGUGACUUGGAGCACUGCAAUGAAGAAGGUGCUCAAGUAGAACAUCCACUUGAGACCAGACUUUUUGGGGUCUCCCUGAAACACAUCUGCAAAAACGACAAUCUGCCGAAACCCAUCAUGGAUAUUCUGUUAUUUCUCAAUGAGAAAGGCCCUGUGAAGGAAGGCAUCUUCUUUGUGCCAGCAGACAGGGAAUACUGCCAAGAACUGAAAGAGAAACUUGAAUCCGGAGUACCAGUACCACUGUACUGGGAAAACGCCUUUGUCUUGGCGUCUAUCCUAAUGUUCUUACGCUUCAACCAUGGUUCCUUAAGCCCCAUCUACCAUUACAAGGUUAUAGAGUUCUAA